GGAUAAAAGGGAAGUCUAGUGGAAAAGUUUGAACCCAUAACAAAACUCUUGACAAUAUAGCGGCACAUGUUUCUUUUUUUACCCUUUUUAAAAUUGAAACAAGUACUGAUAGCAACUCAUGAAGAAUAUUUUCUCAGCCGUGUACUUACACUUGAGAGAGACGGCGAAGCGGACGGCCUCGCUCGUGAGGACUUCAACUGCUGUCUGACUGUCUGACAACUUCACCGUCAACUCCUUUCCUUGCAACUCUCACUUUGACCAUUGUUUUCUCCACUCAAUUCUCAUUUUGAGGAGGAAGUGUAAACUAUUAUUGUAGCUUCCAUGUCUAGUGACACAACUCCACGAGAUCAAAUGAAGCGUAGUUUGGUGGCCUUAGAGCGAAGGUUUGCAGCUGCGAAAGCUGAUCUUGUUGUUCAGCAGCAAAAAAAGGAUAUAAAAUAUGGAAAAGAGCCUAGAUGUAUUGGUUCUUCUUCUAUGGCUCCUACUACAACUAUAGCCCCUUCUAAGAAAGGAAAUUUCACCUUCUCAGGUCAUGCUCCCUCAGAAGAGGUCGAUAAAAAUGAUAAAGCAUACAUAAAACUCUCUCAAACCGUACAUGAGAAUCUGUUGACAACCAAUAUUGAGGGGAUUUCUAGCAGAGAAGAAAGCAAAGUUGAUCAUAUUUUGCAUGAACUUCUUCAAAAUGGUGAUUCAGCUCAUAAGUACAUGCAAGGAUCCAGAAACAAAAGAAUUGACAAUUGGAUUCUCCUGGAUAAUUAUGUCCAUGGACGAAGUAUAUCUACUGGUUCUCGUAUAAGAGCUUUGCGAAUGCACUCGAAGCGUUCAAAAAAACACAUGUCCAUGAAACAACAUAAAAAACAUGGGUCACUUGAUUUGCCUCAAGAGUUCCAUAAAUUUGAAAACUUUAAACCAAUGCACGAGCUUUGGAAAGGUUACAUGACACAACUUCUUAAAAGUAGUGGGAAAAAUCAGUUGGCUCAGUGUCUUCUGGAUGCGGAUUUACAUGGUGCUAUUAUUUUAGUUGCCCAGUGUAAAAUAGCUGCUUUCACUGGAGUGAGUGGUAUCAUGAUUCGUGAAACUGCAGAAACAUUUGGGAUUGUUACACAAGAUAACAAAUACCGAGUUGUACCGAAAAAGGUCUCAGUCUUUAUACUCCAAGUAGAUUGUUGGAAGGUUACAUUGCACGGAGACAAACUCACUUCAAGAAUUUCUACCAUGACCAACCAAUUUUGACUAUUGGAAGAAAAUAGUACGAGGGAUUUUGCUUUCAGGAACUGGUUUUUCAUUGAGUUUAUCUAUGGUGCAGUACAUAUGGUUUGAUUGUCUUUGUCUAAUCUCAGAAGUAAAAUAUUUCUUUUAUUCCUGUUAUAAUAAAGUUCAUUCUUAACAUGUUAUUGAACUUGUUUUAGGUUCGAGGCCCUCCUAGGCUAGGAACUUACAUAGAAAUUGUAUGACUUUUUGGUCUAUAAAAUAUUGUAGAGUCGGGUGAAAAUAGCAGAUUAAAAACAAAAUGCAUACAAAAAUUAAUAAAAAGAGGUAUGUAGUUUCUUUCCA